AUGUUUGGGGACAUAGAAGAGAUUCCACAAAAUGUUUGCGGUGUAAUUGGAAAUCGUUAUGUGAUUACAGCACCUGUUGAUGAACCAGUUGCAAAACCGUAUAUGUAUUUUCAUUUAUAUGAUGAUUAUCCUAGAGGAGAAGUAAACAUGCCAUUAUAUGCAAUGAUUGGACGACAUGCUCAAUCAACUGGACCAAUUCAUAUGACUAUUAAAGUUCUCGAAACAGUUAGAAACAGAAGUGUACACUUUCCUACAAUUAUUCAACGUGGAAAAGUGGACAAACUUUAUUAUGGAAAUGAAGGUGAACAAGAAAAGGAACUUGACCCGGAAUACGGUGGCCGUCCUUUUGCUAUUAUUAAAUAUGAUGCAACGCCAAUAUCAGUGAUUACUCUUCUGUCACCUCAGAAGUCAAUUCCGAAUGUGUUUGCUCUAAUGAUAGGCCUCGGAUGCGUUCGAGCUUUGGCAGCAUUACACCACGCUGGUUUUGUACACCGUUUUGUUACACCUUAUAAUUUUGCCAUCACAAAUCCACCUACUAAAGAGAAUGUUCUUAACAAAAUGAUUAUCACUGACUUUAGCGCCGUCUUACCAUGGCCAUGCAAGCCACGAAUUAUAGCACCAUUUGUUGGUUCCUUUCGAUACAGUUCGAUAAGGGCUCACUGGGGACGAGAACAAGGUCCUACAGAUGAUAUCAUAUCUGUACUUUAUAUAGUUGCCGAAUUUCUACAUGGGAAGUUACCUUGGCGAUCGUUAAAAAAUGAUCAAGAUCCGAUUUGUUAUAUGAAAACUCAUUUCUGUAGAACUACUGCUUUCAAAAAAUUACCAAGACAACUUCGAAAAGUUUAUUGCAUAAUGCACUCAAAGACAGGUUGUGCAUCAGUCGACUACAAGUUUGUAAUUAAAUCAUUUGAAGAAGCAAUUGAGAAGAGAAACGGUGAUAAGUUUGUCGUGCCAAGUUGGUUAUUUUCUGAAGGGGCACUACCGAAGAAAAAAACAUAG